UCGUGUUCGGGACUUUCUUUGCCACCAGGUGAAAGGAAAAGUACAACAGAGCGACAACGAGCACGGAAUUGGAAAUAAGCUUAUAAAGUAGAGUAUUUUUAUGUAGUUUGCUCGUUGAAGUCUUUCUGGUUGGUGCACCGGCAAAAUCAUGAAGUGGUUCUUCGUUUUGAGCGGCUUAAUAGCAUACACAGGGAAGCCUGUGAGUACCUCCUGCCCAGUUCAGAUGAGCCCUUCUAGAGUGGUAGUGAGAUUUGAAGACCCCUUCUCAGUCAACUGCAGCUCCCCAUCUGACCACAUAGACUCAAUGGGCUGGGAGUCUAUAUAUGGCGUUGGCAUUGGAAGUACAGAUAAUGUGUCAUCUGUUUCCUUGAAAAUUAAGUCUGUAAAAGACUGGAACAUAGCACCAAUAUGCUUCAUGAAUUUCCUUGAUGGUACCCAGUGCACGGAACCUCUACCAGUCACAGUUUACAAAACUCCAGACACUGUCUCCAUGUGGACAAAUCACAAGGGCCUCAUGGUCGAGGGUGUGAAGUAUGAGAUGCAUUGUGACAUUGUUAAUGUUGCACCAGCAAAAAAUCUCUCAGUGCUGUGGUACAAAGGAAAUCAGAUCGUCUCUACUCACACAUUUAGCGAGUCCGAGCUGUCUCCAGUCAAUAAAUCACAUGUCUACCGUCUGAUUCCCCGAAGGGGUGAUAAUGGAUCUCCGAUCUGGUGUGAAGCAAAGCUGCAUUUUAGGCCAGCAGUAUCAAUUCCCACCGUUCGAUCAAACUCCUAUGAAGCGGUUGUACUGUACUCACCAGCCUUCACCAAUCCUGAAAAUGAGACGCUGGAACUCUCAUCUGGUAGUAAACUCAUUUUAAAUUGCUCUGCUACCGGAAAUCCAAUGCCUGUAUACAGCUGGGGUUUUCCACACGAGAUACAACAGACAACGAAGAUAAAUGAGAAUGAAUCCAUUCUCACACCGUCUAUUGGGCUUCCAGGAUCCUAUAACUGCACAGUGUCUAAUACCCGGGGCACCAGGACCAAAUAUUUCACUGUCAUCGAAGCUAAAAGGGAUCCCACAGUCAUUGCAGCCUUGGUUGGAGUAUUUGGGGUCCUGGGAGUCGUGGCCCUCGUUGCUGGUGCUUUUUUUGUGAAGAGUGACGGCACAUUUCCUUGUAACAAAGGCAGCUAUAUCAAAGGACAGCCUACCUCAUCGGGACCUGUAUGAGGCUGACUUUUUUUUUUAAUUGAAAUUUGCAUGGCUUUACAAUGAGAAAGGCGCAUUUUAAUGUUUUUGGGGCUUGGAAUAAUAUAUCAGUCAUGGCUCAUGGUCUGUUCUGCAUGCUGGUGGAUUUCUGCUUAUUCUUGGCCACUGCAACUUUAAGAAUACAUAAUCCCAUCAGCUGUCUUUAAAGAUCCACUAAUCAAUGUUGUUAUAUCAACCAACAGUACGUUUGCAUGCACCCAAGAAAACAAGUUGCUUAGAGAAACCAGGGUACUCAGUUAAUCGAGUUACAUGCACUGUAAAUCUCUAUAUACAUGCAGCAGACACCCAACCUUGUUUUAGAAGCAUGAAUCACUUAUUAUAGAUGUUGGAGUGAUGAGUCGUGAGUGAGACAUUGUCUCAGUUUCAUUUUGUACAUGCAUCACAUCGGUCCAUGUCGUUAACUCUUUUUUUCCAUCUUACCACUCACCACUGUGACAGCAGCAUUACUUAGGUGAAUGCAAACGCACUGACUGUAUGUAUGACUGUUGAACCCAGGACCAUUAACACUACAGCUCUACUUUUUUUUAUCUUCUUUUAGCUCAUAUUUUGGGUUUUUGGCUUGCACAUUUGCUGUGUUCUUCAGUCUGAGCCACUUUAUACAGCUGCACCUUGUACCAGCAGGAAGGAGUUUCCAACAUAAGUUCUGAUAAACCCACUGUAUGCUA